UUUCGAGAUCAGAUAUGGCGACCUCCAGGAUGGUGUUGGCAGCUCUCGCAAUUUUGGCAGUUUUGCCGGUCUUUACCUCAGGGGACACUUGCCUCCGCCCAUCUGUUGUAUCACAGACUUAUACAAGCAGUGAAGCAAUGAUGGCAACCGAGACUGUAGUUAUUGUGGAGUUUACUUUGACUUGUGCCAAUAACUUGAAGGAUGUAAAUUUAUAUGCUGAGAUUAACGGCCGCACCCUGCCAGCCACUAGAGGUCAAAAUUCCAAGACAUACCAGGUGAGCUGGAGUGAUGACCACAAGAACAUACCUGCUGGUACCUAUACAGUCAGAUUCUUUGAUGAGGACAAGUAUGCAGCUUUAAGAAAGGCCCAGAGAAGUGGAGACAACACUGCUGAUAUUGAACCACUCUUCACCAUUGAUGUCAACCACAAGGGCACGUACAGUGGACCGUUUAUUCAAGCAGAGGCCUUGGCCACCUGUGUUGCUAUUCUAGUAUGGUACCUGGCAUACAGUACCAAAAGCAACCUUCAGUCAUAACAAAAACUAAAACAUAAAUAGACUGUAAGACAAUGUUAAAAUUAAAAACUUUGCAAUUCAAAUUUUUAUAUUGAGCAGCUCUUUUGUAGGACUUCAAAAUAUACCAUUAAAUGUUGUAAAUUUUUGCUUAAUAUUUGUAAGGCAUUUCAUUUGAAUAUCUUGACUUUUUCCUACCAGUGCACAAUGCCAUAAAAUCAGUCGCAAGUAUUUGAGUAUUUAAAUUUAUACAUCAUUUCACAGACGUAAAGAAAAAACUGUGUUGUAAUACACAUUCCCAGAUGUACACACAAUUUACUAAUGUAAGAAAUACAUAAAAUGACAAUAAAAAUUUGUAAAAUCAUUUUGAA